AUAUUUUUACAUUAGCUUGUAUUGCAUGAGUAUUUGAAAGCUUUUUUUUAAAUAAAAACUAAUAAAAUUGAAAAUGCUAUAUGAGGAAGCGUUUCCUGCUUUAUUCCACAAAUUGAAUGGAUCGUCGGAAUUGAUGUAUGCCCCGCUCGAAACAAAAUCUUCUGUUCACGAUGAUGAUAAAAAAACUGAAAAGGAAAGAGCGCGUAAUCUUCUGGCCGUAAAAUGGGCUCAUGCUGUUAAUUGUCAACAAUUAUUGGAUGAAGCUUUAAAUGGUGAUUAUGAUAUGAUUGAAGCUGAUAUCGUUUUGGGUAAACUCUUCAACAACGGUCCUGUUGUCCCAAUAAUGGCUCAUCCACCGCUUACAAGCUCUGAUCUAAGUUUAGAUUCAUUUCUUUUGCAAGUUAAACUCUUUAAUCUUAACAGCCCCAUCAAAAUGAAGGGCAUUAAAUUAGAUUUCAAAUCUAUAGAAGUGUUUGAAGGAGCUUUGGAUACCUUAAAGUUUGCAAUACCAGAGAUGACUUAUCCUGUCUGGCUGAAUGCUGAUAUUAUUGAACAUGCCGGUAACGGAAUUCGCGCGCAUCCGGUCGAUCCAAAACGUUUCCUGACUGGUUGCAAGCAAUUUAAAAAAGCUGUUCUUUCAAUAGGUUGGACUACCAGUGAAGGUCACAUUGACGAUUUCUACACUCCUGAUGAUAUUACAGCUAUGCUUACCGUUAUAAGUGAAAACAAAAUCAACGAAUCCGGUCUCUCCAUAACGUUUCCAUUGCGAGCAGGCUUAGCUGCCAAUAGCAAAAAGGUUUUACGUGACCUUAUCCGAGAAGUGGAAGUUACAAAUCACUGCACUAUUACCAUAUGGUCGGCGCCGUCAGAUUGUGUUGAUACGGAAAAAUUAAAAGAAUUGAUUUUAUCCUUUGGCCCGAAUAGAGUAUAUCUGGAUGUUCCCGUUGCUUUAGAGAAGCAAUUAAAUUUGCCAGUCUUACGAACGAAUGUAUGCAAUUCGCUUGGUAUUGGACCCUGCACUUCUCUAUUAUAUUUCAGUUUAGCUAGCAUAGGUGUAAUUUUAAUCAGUUUAUUUUUAAAAAAAUCCCGUAACUAAAAAAAAUCUAUUAUUGAAUAAAAAAACAUUUUAAUUCCCUUAAAAAAUAUAUACGCUGUGCACCUAAAACUUAUAAUUUUAGCUAAAAUCGAAACGAGGUA